UAAGGAGGGGUUAUCGUGAAAGGUUAUAGAAAAGACAGAAAGGUUGUGAGAUCAGCCUAUCUGAAGAGUCUCAACCAACAUCAACCAUUCUGAGAUCCACCUGUUCCUCGACAAGGAGGGGUUAAAAUGAGCCAGUUCACAGCACUAGUCCUUACAGUCCUCUUGACGCUAUUCAGUCAAGCUGAAGCAAAUCCAUUUGUUUACAACUAUGAAGCGUUGAGGAUUGGAGGUUUGGUCUUCACAGCUCUGCUCGUGGCUGGUGGAGUUACAGUUCUCUGUUGGGGACAGUGCAAACCAAAGAGAAAGAGCAGUGAAGAUGCCAGCCAAAUUUAAGGACCAAACAUUUCAUCUGCUUAAAGUUUUAUUACAGCCUUGAGUUUUUUUUCCUAUUUCUGUUUAAAAACUACAAAAUGGAAAACUAGUUCAACAUUUUUUUUUUAUCCCUUUUAAUUUCUGUUUUUUUAUUUAUAAAGCCUAUUUAUUUUAUUCUGGUCGCUGUCCAAAGACCAAACUGCUCAAAAUCUCAAUUUCAUUAUAUAAAGGAUAUAAGGUCUUUCUCCAUGUGAAAGAUGAAACACCCAACAGCUGUGUUCUGUGCUUUAAUAAAGGUUCUCAGUUCUGGUCCUGUAA